UCUCUUAGGUCCGAUUUUCUUUCAGGCGGACUUACCGCUGCGGCUUUCGAUGAUGUCGUCAGUACACAAGAGGUGUUCAACAACAUCGCAGCUGUUGUUCUGUUCUUAUCUUGGAUUAAGACGAUGAAUCAACUCGCAGCUACACUGUCCCGUUCCACAAAGGAUAUUGGUGGAUUUGCUGUCAUGUUCGCGGUGUUCUUCUUCGCCUACGCUCAAUUUGGCUAUUUAGUAUUUGGCACUCAGAUUGCUGACUAUUCGACUUUUCUCGGCUCAGUAUUCGCUCUGCUCCGAACUGUUCUUGGUGAUUUCGACUUCCACGCUCUUGAACAAACGAAUCGCGUCUUGGGACCACUAUUCUUCGUUACUUACGUAUUCUUCGUCUUCUUCGUGCUUCUGAACAUGUUCCUUGCUAUCAUUAACGACUCGUAUGUCGAAGUGAAAGCCGAAUUGGCACGGCAGAACGAUGGCGACGGAAUAUUCGACUGGAUCAGACAGAACAUGUUCCUUGCUAUCAUUAACGACUCGUAUGUCGAAGUGAAAGCCGAAUUGGCACGGCAGAACGAUGGCGACGGAAUAUUCGAUUGGAUCAGACAGAAAGUGUCUCGGGGGAAGAAGGAUGACAAAAAAGUUGCCACUUACAACGACUACAAGAUAGAUUUGCUUGAUGUAAGUGGGUCAAUACUGGCUGGUUAUAACGAGAAGGUCAUAACGGACGCGUUCGAGAAACUCAACAUAAGCCUGAACGACGAAGUCAGCGAUGAGGCCCUAAUCGAGGUGGGAAACGAGAUUAAAGAGCAAGUUGAGCGCCAGAAAAUCAUCGACGAGGAGUAUCGUUCGACAGCAGUGUAA